GAAGCCUUGAUUAGAACUAUAAUCGGUGUAGUUAAUGGAACACUCGAGGACGCUCCUCCGCGAGUCAGAGCAUUAUGUACAGGUGUCCCGGCCUGCUAGUGCGAUGUCCAGUGUGCGUUGUCUGUGUUGAUGAUUCAGACCUUUUGUUUUUUGAUGACUAGCGGUAUCACAGGAUGAUUAGCCGGUAUCGUGUGAUUAAUUCCGCGGUUUUGCGAUAGGAGUGUUGUUUUAUUCUGUCCGUUUGACCUCGAGGACAUAUAUUUUUAUUGGUGAUUAAUAUUUAUGUGUGUGCGCCGCGAUACAAGUGAUAGACAUUAUAAGAACUGUUGUUGUAAGACAGGAACGAAGGACGAGAGAAAACAUUACAUAUAUAUAAAGAACAAGACACAGUAUCCUGUUUUUUGUGUGUGAUACUACCUCUCGAUUAUACUUGCAUUAGUGAAUAUCAUUAAGUGAGUGCGGACAGGACAAGGAACAGCUCAGUCUAUACCUGGAGUCCGAGGAGGAGGCUCACGCUUGGUCCAGCAUGUUGAGGGAGACCACGGUGCAUCGGUCGCUGGCGCUCGAAGGACUCAAUUUAGAAUGCGGUGUGGCAGAUUAUCCCUCCCCAGGCGCCGAAGGAGACGUGUCCGGUUGCGAGUCCUUCGACGGCGAGGAGGAGGAGGAGGAGGAGGAGGAAGAGGAAGAAGAGGAAGAGAAAGAGGAAUUUUCCCAGGAAGACUUGGACUCUUUCCUCGAUUUCCUUCACCCUCUUUACUGUGUAGACGAUGAUGCAGCGAGCGGCGACUCCUGCGAGACAGAGAGCCAGGAGGACGAGGACUCCGAAGGGCGCGCUAGGGACGCCCCCGACGCCGUCAUGCCUGGAGGAGUCCGUCUGCGCCACACCCGUCGCCGCCUUCACCCGGGGGCCUGCGACGACCCGACCCGCAGAGAGCUCCUGCAGCAGAUGUUGGCCACGAAGUCCCUGCUGGAGAAGAAGCAGAAGAAUAGGAAAUCCGGCGCUGGUGCUUGGGUCGUGACAGCGGGCGAAGUGGUGAACGAAUACGACCGAGCUCAGCACGAGGCUCAGCAAUCGGCACUCCGGAAAGCCGUACUACUCCGCCAGAGGAAAAACUCCACGGCCAUAAAGAUGGCGACACUGGAGAGGCAGUACCUAUCCUCCAUCAAACGAUCUCGGGAGAGCGGCGUGGAAAUGCAGAUCGAAGCCCUACGAAACAGGCUCUCCUCCCUCGACUCCCAGCUGAAGGAGAGUGAGCAGAACACGGAGAGGACCCUGCAAGACCUCGAGGAGAAGAGGAACCAGGAGCUACAUAUCAUCAAGGAUCUGGGUGGUGUGGAUGACGACCUCCGCGACGAACUUGGGGGAGUACCAAGAAAUUCCGGCAGCGACGAGGGAGGUUCAUUGAAGAGCUCACUCGGGGGUUCACUCAGGGGUUCUCUGUCGUCGCUCCCUUCCAUUGUGAUCACCGGGGAGAGAAAGACACCCGAGAAACUCUUUGGGUUUAAGCAGGUCGGCAAUCGGGAAGGGCGGCUCAAAGGGCGCAACCCACUCCACUUCCUCGACAUCAAGCUGAGGGUUUCGCGUCGACACAAGAGCUCCGAGAACCUCGCGACGCCAUCCGACCCCAUCGCCGAGAGAUCGCACAGCAGCACCCCAGCCAACAUCUCCUGCAGCGAAAACAGCAGCGACGAGGAGCUGGACCAGCACAGCAACGGCGGCCGCCAACCCCUCGCGCCCCACCACAGCCACAGUCACAAGGACGACCCCGGCAUCAGGACGGAGAUCAGCAAGAACGCGUUGGAGGAGAUCGAAGCCUUUAAGAACCUGAUCGAACGCUAUUUCUCGACGCAUCCUCGCCACGACACCAUCACCACGCACUCUCAGGAAAUCAUUCUUUAGGAUGAAGUAAAAGGGGACAUUGAGAUGGAAAAUUAUAUUGAAAGAAGGAAAAAAAAAAGGAGAAGAAAAGAAAAGAUGUGGUUAUAUGCGUCUUCCGGUGGGUGUGUCUGUGUAUGUGCGCGAGAGAAAUGUAUUGUAUUGUAUGUGUGCGUGACAGCGUGUGAGUGUAUACCAGCUUAUAUUUUCUAUAUUUUUUUCAUUCCUUGGUGUAUCUGACGGCCUAUCUCUCUGCUUAUCUCUCUUUUUGCAUUUGUCUAUUUGUCUCAUUUUCGUCGAAUUAUCACACGUUCCUAAAUUAAUCUUAUCUAAUCUUUGUCCCUCCCUAUAAAUGAUAAUUCCCUACCUCAGGUGUAUA